AUGGCUCUGGGCAAUGCUCGUCGUGCAGAUGAGUCUCCCAUCCUGAUCGCAGUAUCUGCGGUCGCGGUUGCAAUUGUCCUGGUGCUCCUGGGGCUCCUCGUUGCGCUACGCGCUAGACAUAUAGCACUGCGGCAGCUCGAAGCAGACCGAUUGCGCUACGAAUACGAGAACAAACUCGCGCUUCGGUUUACGGACAAGCCGGCGCUGUUCAACAUCUGGAUGGCGCCGCCCUGCGACUCGCGUGACCAGGAAAAUGAAGCGAGGAGCCAAAAGGAGUGGAAUGCAAUCAUGCCCUUGCUGGUGGCGAGACCGGAACCUUCGGAGCGGGGAAUAAUGUCCUCUGAAGCCUCUGUAGGUGUUCUGAUUCAUCUACCGGACCGACAUAGGCCAGCCAGACGUGCCAGUCGCCCGUCGUUGGAACACAUGAACGGAUUCUCGGAGCUUGAUGUUGUAUUUGGACUUGCAACACCCGUCAUUGUCGGUCGUCCACCAUGA